GGGGCGGAGUAGACUAAAAACAGCCCUCUCGCUGCUGUCCUGAGCAGAACGCUGGAGUUGCCGUCGUCAGCAAAGACGCGUUUGACGGUGUCUGGAUUUCACAGAGUCCAUGGAGUCGGAACCGCUGUUGACGGGGAGCGCGAGCCAGGGCUCAGUGAACUACGGCUCUCACCACGGCGGUCAUUCCGACGCGGAGUCCGAGGAGCCUCCGACGACAAGAACCCCCUCCUAUACGGCCGCUGUCCACGAACAUGAUGGAGACCUUUAUAUCCAGCAAGCGGUUGUGUUCAUUGAGGAUGCCAUUCAGUAUCGGUCCAUCAAUCACAAGGUUGAUUCUGGAUCUUUACGGUUAUACAGAUGGUACUACUCCAGGAUAUGUCAGUGGGGUCUUGGUUUCACAAUUGCUGUGAUCCUUGCUUUGGCCUUUGUGGAGAAACCCUCGUCUAUCACUUACACGUCGGACCCUCGCUACAGGCCUACACCGUGGGAGCCCCCAUGUGGGCUGACAGAGACUAUAGAGAUAGUCUGCCUCUUAAUCUUCAUCGCAGAUGUUGCUGUCAAGAGUUAUGUGAUUGGAUGGGAGGAGUUCUGUAUCAAUAAGUGGCUGAUUGGCUAUGUGGUGGUAAUAGCUGCAUCAGUCGUUGAUUGGGCAAUAACUGUUAGUAUGAUCUGUAAUGAGACCAUACGAGUCAGAAGACUGAUACGGCCCUUUUUUCUCUUGCAAAAUUCAUCCUUAAUGAAGAAAACUCUAAAAUGUAUCAAGAGGACUCUUCCAGAGAUAGCAAGUGUGAUUCUGCUUCUGGCACUACACCUGUGCUUAUUCACCAUGAUUGGUAUGCUGAUCUUCCCCAGAUCAGAGGAUCCGAAGAAGAAUGGAGAAUGGGAGACUUACUUUAGAAACCUACCUCGAGCCUUGUCCUCUCUGCUUGUGCUGCUCACAACAGCUAAUAAUCCAGAUGUGAUGGUCCCAGCAUACUCUUUGCAUCGGGGUUAUGCCCUGUUUUUUAUACUUUUUAGUGUAUGCGGAACUUAUAUCUUGAUGAAUUUACUCACUGCUAUCAUAUACAACCAGUUCAGGGGUUAUCUUCUGAUGUCGGUGCAGACGUCCAUAAUAAGGAGGCGUCUGGGGAUCCGGGCUGCAUUUGAGGUGCUGUGCUGCAAGAGGCAAGGCCACAGCAGUAACUCUGAAGACCAUGAAGAGAGGGUGCAAGUGAACACCGUGUUGGAGGUCAUGAGCAGAGUGCAGAUGAAGUCUUUCUACAGACAAGCUGUCAUUAAGGCUGCUCAAGAGUUCCGUGAUGGCUUUCUUGAUGGCGAGGCUUUCCAGAGACUGUUUGACGAACUGGACAAGGAUCGUAUCAGAGAGCACCCACCAAAUCCAGAAUACAGUUUGCCAAUACUACAGUGGAUCCAAAGUACCUGUAGUCAUUACUACCUCACUGUGGUGGGAAAUGUGGUAGCACUGGCAAACGUCAUCUGCAUCUGUACUGUCUUGGUUCUAGAUUCAGAGAAGGUUGUGUCUCAGAGGGAUGGCUACUACAUGGAGGUCAUAAAUUGUGCUUUCAUCCUGUAUUACGUAUUAGAGAUGGUAUUGAAGCUGAUUGCCUUUGGUUGGAGAGGUUACCUCUCUUACAAAAAUAACAUCUUCGAUGGGCUCUUCACUGUCCUCCUGUUGGUUCUCCAAAUGGCUAUUUUUCUCACAUACAGGAUUUCCUAUAAGAUGAUACCAGUUCAGAGGGGCUUGUUGUCCUUGUGGGAGAUGGUGCGUCUGGUCAACAUGCUGAUUGUCUUCCGCUUCCUUAGAAUCAUCCCAGAAAUCAAGUUGAUGGCUCUGGUGGCCAGUACUCUUGUGGACCUUGUGAAAAACCUGCGGGCUUUUGCUGGCAUUCUGGUGGUGGUGUACUAUGUGUAUGCAGUUAUUGGUAUCUGGCUAUUUCAUGGAGCUAUUCCCCCUCCAGGAGGCUCAAGUAUGGGCUCCAAUUCAAGUACCGAGAACAGUACAUCCAACAUUACCAUGGAAUGUGGCUCCUAUGAACAGCUGGAGUACUGGCCAAACAACUUUGAUGACUUUGCUUCAUCACUAGUUCUUCUCUAUGACGUCAUGGUGGUGAAUAACUGGCAGGUCUUCAUGGACGCUUAUACUAGAUACACUACUGAGUGGUCAAAAGUGUAUUUUGUGUCAUGGUGGCUCACCUCUUCUGUCAUGUGGGUCAACCUGUUUGUGGCACUCAUUUUAGAGAACUUCACCUACAAAUGGGACAAGUGUCAUGCAUUAAGUGUAUCUGAUGUGGAAAGGACACGCUAUGAGACCACAGUACAGCGAAUGUUCAGAGAGCAUGUCCAAGAGCCGACUCAGGAGGAGUUACUGGUCCAACUUCAGCAACACCCCCAUCUCCACCUCAUUCGGUGACCCUAAGCCCCACCACACAGCCACAACUACAUGUGCCAAAUACUCCAGCUCUCCACCAUAUCCCACUCACGGAUGCACGUUUACAUUUCAACCGUGGCCGUGUUGGGAAGUGUAGUGUUUGUACCCAUUAUGGGUAAAGACUGCUGUUGUGAAUUUCAUCUUGAUGUCUUUAAGUGGCCUUGAUGCUGUCAUAUGCUGCUGGGUUUUCAUUUUCAUGUGACUUGUUUUGUGUUGAACACAGGACUGAAAUUAUGAGACAUGCUAAUACCUUGCAGGCACUUUUUUGUGUGUUUUUAUUUAUUUAUUUUUUUAAUGCUUUUAGGAUAAAAUCUGUUUGACCUUUUCAUUUUGGCUCAGUGUCCAGGGCCAGUUCAAUGUGAAAUGAGCCAAUUUAGAAUUUUCUGAGAUUUUGUAGGCAGAUUAAGUUUUAAUACCAUACAAUUCAGUGUGGCGCAGGUUUACCCAAACUAAGGAAAUGACUUCUUGAUGUUUGUCAAGCAGAGUAUAAUGUCAUUACAUGGUCAGCUUGAGUUCACAUCCUACUGACAAGCAGAAUGCUAGGAGCAGCUUUUGGCUCCAUGCAGGCAAACAGCAUCUAACAAUUACACAGCAACAGCAUGCUGCUGUAUCACUGCUGAGAGGUGAAUAACUCAGCAUCUCUUUUGCAGAGCAGCUCUGUAAAAGUACAUGUUUAAAUGCUUGUGAAGGGACUUUAACCUGGAUCUUUUGCACAUUAAUGUUACCAUGCUGUUAUAUAAGUGGCCAUGGCCUCAGAAAAGCAGAUGUUUUUUAGUGUAAGUUGUAUGAUGUCUAGGGAGGAAACACUGACCUGCAUGUAGUUUCCCUGCUCCUGCCCACUUUGGCCAAGCCAACAUUAGCUUUUAGAAAAGGAGUAAAGCAGUGGGUGGUGUGCUGAUGACCCUGCUAAUCCAUUCCCAGAUAACAGUGAAUAGCAUACCAUGCAGUGUAAAAGUAGUGGAAUGCAAAACGAGCCUUAAAUCUUUUUUUUUUUUUUUUUUUUUUUUAAACAAAAUAUUUAUAACUGCUUGGUUGCCAAUUCGUUAAUGAGCAAUUCAUUACUUUUACUUCUCCGUCCUUGGCAGAUUUUUAGCCAAACUCAAAUGUAAGCUCUGAAAUAUAUAUAACUUCAGAAAAAGAACCACUGUGAGUGAUUGCUUGACAUAGAUGUUGAUCUGACAGGUGUAAUAUGUCAAUGUAGCUUGUGUUUACACUGUAGGCUAUUACAUAAUCAGACCUUUUUCAACAAAUAAUGUCGAACAGCUGGCCCCUGUUUUGGAACACAGUUGCAUUUCUACAGUUGAGGCUGGAAUGAAAAGGAAAAGAGCUUUUACUUCCUUUCUACAGAGGUGCCAUUAGUUUGUUUGGUGAGUCUGUGUGAAUGUAAAUAAGAUUUUAAUGCAAUUUCUUUUUUAUUUUUUAGCUAAAAAGUCAGUAUGGAUAUACUCAUUAAUUGUAAUGCCUUUAUGACUUUCUUUGAAGACUGUAAUAUACCUGGUAUAUGUCUUUGAUGCCAUCACAUGAUUGACAUUGUCAUGAAAUACUUUAACUAAAAUUUGAUUCCUGUAACAACUGGU